AUGGUUGGCCUCUGGUGUGUGGGCCUGACCGCCAGCGGCUUCGAGCAGGGCGCGGGCGUUCAGGCGCAGUUCAGCGAGCCCGACCAGGAAGACAUCGAGCACUUCCACGGGCAGGGGGCCAACUGCUUCCGGGUGCCCAUCACUUGGAAUCGCCUACAGUCCAGCCUCGGCAGCAACGAGCUUGACCCUGUGUCGGAGUUUGUCGAGACCAUCAGGUACAUUACGGAGGACCUCGAGGACUACGCCAUUGUCGUGCCCUUCAGCGGUUCGGCCAACGGUGGCCUAAGGUACGAAGAGCAGGAGGCCACCAUGGACGAUUUCGUCAACCUUUGGACGGCGAUCUCCAAGGAAUUCGCCCAGAACGACCGCGUCAUCUUCGAGCUGUUCGACUACCCCGAGUAUGGUUGUCACAAUGGGGAUUGCGGCGACGGCAACACGGGCUUCUUCGGUUGGGGUGACGACACGAACGGCGUGUAUGUCCAGGCCUGGCUGGAGUGGUGCCAGGGAGCGGUCGACGCCAUCCGCGCGCAGGGCGCUGACAACUACGUCCUCGUGCCCGGGCUGAAGAAGUCCCUCGCCAGGGACUGGCUGGGCGCGCAGUGGUGGGGCGAGUCCCUGGACGGCUACAGCAGGGCUGGCAACCUGAGGCUGUUUGCGCUCCAGGACCCCUCCAACAGGACCGCCUACAGCAUGCGCCAGUACUUCGACUUAGGGCAGAUUGGUCUGAGCCCCGGCUGCGAGGGCCACGACGCGCACGUGAACGGGGGCUUGUCCGCGGACGAGGCGCUCACCUACACCAUCGCCAUUGCACAGAAAUACAACAAGAAGCUGUGGAUGACCGAGGUGCUUUCCAUUCCCGACGCGGAUGCCACCACAGCGGAGAGGGAGGAGUGCGAGAGCAAGCUGGGGGACUACCUGGCGGAAAUGGCGGACUCGGGGGUCUUCCUCGGCUACCAGGUGUGGCAGUUUGGGUGCAAGGACUGCGCAAAGGGCGUGGACCUGUCCCCCGAGAGCAUCGACGAGAACUACAACAACUUCGACUGGUACAACCUCGAGAAGUACGGAAUCACCAGCACAAGCACCUCGCGUACCCAGACCACGGUCACCAGGACCUCCGUCACGAGCACCACGGCCACCACCUCCACCUGCACGGGCUGCACGCACACGCAGACCAGCACCACGGGGACCACGAUAACGGCCACCACGGCGACGUCGACCACUACGCCGGAGGACCUGAAUGGCGCGCCGUCCGCCCUCCCCAGCGCGGGCUUGGCUGCCGCGGUGGUUCUCGCCCAGCUGCUGGCGUGCUGA